ACCCGCCUCUCCUCCACAACAGCGCCAUUAAGAUACCAACAUGUCCUACUACUACGGCGACGACUCGUUUGAGGACGAGCUUUUCAGUGCGUUGUAUAUUUGCAUAUCACGUCAGGAUUUUGCUAUAUGUUAAUGCGAAUCGAUCCGCAGCACCUGGCGCAGGUCCGUCGUGCUCCCAACACGAUGUCGACGAGACACACGGUGAGAGCGGUGACACAGACGAGUCGGAUGAGGAUACCUACCCUUCCGUACAGCUGUCGCCUCACGCCUACAUCACCCGUAGAUACCCGAGCCCUAACGUGCCACUCCCAUAUCGCUCGCUCCAUGGGACCUACCUCGAGUUUCCAACCCCCAUCGCGCCACACGUACCCGCCCAAGACCGCACGGCACCCUUCUCCUCGCUGCUGGGCGCCGUCCAGCCGAUCCAUGGUCCAUGGAGCGAGAUGGCGCGAGAUAUAGUGGAGGCACCGCGCGACACCGUCCUUCGGGUGUUGGCCGAGGUGCCUCCGCAGGUGCUCGUCGAGGAGGCCCCGGAGCUUGUCCCAGAGCUGCCGCCGUCGCCAGAGACCGCCUCGGAGCCGGUGCUGCUGGAGCACCACGUGCAUGUGGAGGAGGAGCCAAGGCAGAAGAAGGCGAAAAAUGGGGAGGGGAGAGAUGGGAGGGAGGAGGGAGCGAGUCAGGGAGCGAGCGGCGCGACGGCGGGGAGGCGUAUAGUCAAGAGGCCGCGCAUGCCCCCGAUCGCGGGGUAUGGCCGAUUUUCGGUCAAGCUGCCAAGCGACUAUGCGGAGAGGGAGAGAGAGACGGCGGGAGAGCGAGGCCAGAUGCUUGUGGUCCAUCCACAGGCGCAUGGCAGCGCCCCCCAACAGACUACACUGACAUCGACGACGUCCACCUACAGGGUGGAAAACCCCACAAGUGAUCCAGUCCCCGAGGCUGUACUGCAGUCCAUAGGAGGGCCCUGGACAUCGACACCUGGGGAGGAACAGAGAGGCGCGCGAAAGCGCAAGAGGGCAGACCCUCAUGUCUGCGACGGCACCGACGGGUGCAGGAAGCGGCUGUCGUGCCCGUACGACAUGCCCCGACACAAGGCGACUCUGCGCCAUGGAGGACAGCGCGAAUUUGCAUGCGGCGACUGCCCAGCUCUUUUUGUGCGUAAAGAUGAAGUCCAUCGCCACAAGCGAGAGCACUGCCCAAACAGGGGCAGGAAACAUAGCGGCGAAGACGGUCCCUCGCAGGGCCCGAGACACGAUGGUCCAGAGGGCGGCGGAGGGGGCAUGGAGGGCAUAGGAGAUGGCCUGCUCAGUGGAUAG